AUGGGCCAUCGAACAAGAAUCAGAAGUAAGGGUUUUGCCAAACUAGCUUUCAGAUCACCGCUAGUUAAAGAGGAUGAUCUCCUCCUUAGAAAUCAUAUUGGUAUCCCUGACAUUCAGGCGCUAAUGGCCCCUGAAAUUGAUCCAGCACUGUUAUCCAUUACAGGAAGCAGUGUUUCUGUGGAUCCCGUGGAUCAGACAUUGUGCAAUGUACAAUUUAAAAUUGCGGAUUCUGUUGGUCCCCUGCUACUUAUGUUGGAUAAGGCAAAGAAGGAGGGAUCCUCUCAUAACCCUUCCCUACCAGCUUUACUUGCUUCUAAGAUGGCACUUCUAAAAGCUUCCAGCAGAGCGGUGCUUAUUAUCGGUCAAUCCUUCAACUAUGUUUCUAACAUUCGCAGAACCCGCUGGCUGCAUGCAGCAGGGAUGUCUGAUUUAGCACCAAAAUCACAUGAAUUCCCUAAUUUUGAAAACACCUUUCUAUUUGGCCCCUCUUUUAUACAAGAAGUGAAAGGACGAUAUAAAGCUAGCAGAUCUUUCUCUGAUUUAAAGAAGAGCUUUCCAAGCUUCAAGAAGCCCUUUCGGACCGAGGGUCGUUCCUACAGGGCUAUAGGCUCAUCCCGGUAAGUUACUCAGCAAGCCCACUUUCGUCACCAUGGGGGAAAGUCAAGACUCCCAGGCAGUAGCAGAGGAGCCCAUGCCAGACGUGGCUCAUCAGGAAACCGAAGACGCAUGCAGUGAAGUAAGUGGUUUACCUCACAUCCCUCAAAAUUGGUCAGAUAUAACCUCAGACAAAUGGGUGCUUCAGAUUUUCAAAAGGGGUUUACAACUCCAUCUCAUUCAGUUUCCUUUCCAGAGUCAAGCUCUGGGCAGAGGUAAAUCCAGUUCUAGAUUCCUCUCUUUCCCAGGCAUUAGCUCAGGGAAAAAUAGAAUUGGCAGAUUUGUCAAUUUCAGGUUGGAUCAGUCCCUUGUUCCCUAUUCCAAAAUCAGACGGCACAUGGAGACCAGUACUAAACGUCAAGGCUUUGAAUGCUUUCCUAAAGAGGAAAAGGUUCAGGAUGGAAGGUUUAACGGACCUCCCAGGCCUAGUGCAGACCUCAAAGAUGCUUUUCCAUUCAGUUCCUAUCGCUAUGAAACACAGGCGCUUUCUCAGAUUCCGCUGGAAGGAACAGAUAUCUCACUGGACUGUAAUGUUUUUUUGGCCUAUCCAACACACCUUACACAUUUUCCAGGAUAA